AUGACAACCUCUGGAGAUGUGCCUAAGAAGAUCAUCUUCGUCCAUCCGGACCUGGGCAUUGGCGGGGCAGAGAGGCUGGUCGUAGACGCGGCUGUAGGCUUGCAAUCAAGGGGCCACAAAAUCACCAUCCUGACCUCCCACUGCGAUCGCUCACAUUGCUUCGAGGAAGCACGAGAUGGGACACUCGAUGUGCAGGUACGCGGCAACAAGGUCUUUCCCAUCGCUCUGGCUGGACGAUUCAGCAUCCUCCUUGCUAUCCUCCGACAGCUGUCCCUUGUUCUCAGCGUUGCAGUCUUCUCCUCCGAGCUGAAUCAACUGGAUCCCGACGUGCUCUUCGUUGAUCAACUCAGCGCAUGCAUCCCGCUUUUCAGGCUGCUGUAUCCCAAAGCGAAGAUCUUAUUUUACGGCCAUUUCCCUGACAGACUCCUGGCGAAGAAGGAUCAUGGCGCUACUGGGUAUCUCAAGCUCUUGUAUCGCAAGCCGUUCGAUGCGUUGGAGAGCUGGAGUACUGGUGUGGCGGAUGACGUGGUUGUCAACAGCAAAUUUACGAGAAGCGUGUUCAAGAAGACCUUUCCAAGCAUGCGAUCGCGGAAUUUGAAGGUCGUCUACCCCUGCGUUAAUACGACGGAGAGUGGACAGACGAGCACCGCAGAUUCUCUCUGGCCAGAGAAGAAGGUGCUGCUGAGCAUCAAUCGGUUUGAAGGGAAGAAGAACUUGGCCCUGGCCAUUUCUGCCUUUGCAGGGCUGUCUUCUGCCGAAAGGUCGAGAGCGAAACUCGUCAUCGCCGGCGGGUUUGACCCGCGGGUGCAGGAGAAUGCAAGUACUCUCCGGCAUUUGCAGCAGCUCGCAGACUCGCUCGAAUUAAGCAACGCGACUUACAAAGGCAGCGACGGGGCAUUGCGAGCGGACGGUAAUACCGUCGUGUUCCUCCUCUCGGUCCCGGAUGAUCUGAAACAACAGUUACUUCACGCCGCCAAACUCUUGAUCUACACGCCCAAAGACGAGCAUUUCGGCAUUGUUCCGCUGGAGGCCAUGUUGGCGCAAGUCCCGGUGCUUGCGACCAACACGGGCGGGCCGCUGGAGACCAUUUACGACGGCCGCACCGGCUGGCUACGCAGUCCGGAGAAGGUCGAGCAGUGGAGUGAAGUCAUGCGCAAACCGCUGAUUCCGUCCAGCGCGGAUAGUCUUAGAGCAAUGGGGCAGAAAGGGCGCGAGAGGGUACUUGCGGAGUUCAGUCAGAGCCGGAUGAGCGAGUUGCUUGACAAAGAGAUCCAGCAGCUUUGUGGAAGUGGUAACGGAGAUCGGCCGGGGGUGAUGGGGGCAUGGGCAUGGGUGAUAAUGAUCUCCGUUGCAUUGGGGAUCUGCGCGACGCUGCUGGCUUUGUGGCUGAGCCUUCGGGCACGAUCAUCACCGACGUUCAUGCGUUGUGUAGAGACGGCCUGCCGAUAG